CCUGGCCCAGCCCGGCCGGCGGCGGGCUCCGGGCUCUGUCUGGGAGCGGAAAUUCCUGCAGGGGCUGGACGUUGGCGGGCGGAGCUCAGCAUGGAGCCCGUGGAGGCCUGGACCCCCGGGAAGGUGGCAGCCUGGCUGAGAGGCCUUGAUGAUGCCCUGCAGGACUAUCCCUUCGAGGACUGGGAGCUGCCUGGAAAGUACCUACUGCAGCUGUGCCCCCAAAGCCUCGAAGCUCUGACCGUGUGGCCUUUGGGCCACCAGGAGCUCAUUCUACAUGGCGUGGAACAGCUCCAGGCCCUGGGCUCCAAGCUCCAGACAGAGAACCUGCAGAGCCUGACUCAAGGGCUGCUAGAAAGGACCCAGGCCUUCCAGGGCUUGGUCCAAGGCCGCCUGGGAGACUGUGUGGAGAUCCCUGCUGAUGUCCUCAGUGCUGCCGUAGAGCUGGUGCGGGAGGCCCAUGCGCUUCUCUCCUGGCUCAACAGGUACCUCUUCUCCCACCUGAAUGACUUCUCCUCCUGCCAAGAGAUUGGCGUGUUGUGCGGGGAGCUGGGCCAGGUCUUGCAGGAGGACUGCCCAGAGGCUGAGAAGGAAAGCAACAUCUUAAGGAUUUGCAGCCACAUGGCUGGGAUCUGCCGCAACGUCCUGAGCUACAGCCCUGAGGAGCUGCUCAGCCAGAGGGCCGUGUUGGAGCAAGUACAGCUGGAUGACCCUUCGAGCCUGGAAAUCUACACCGCCAGCAACUGCCUGCACUUCGUGUCCCGAGUAGGUGUCCAGGCUACCACCGGCUCCCAGGUCCUGCCAGGAGAUGAGAUCGUUCAGAUCAAUGAGCAGGUGGUGGUGGGCUGGCCCCACAAGAACGUGCUGAGGGAGCUGUUGAGGGAACCAGCAAGGGUCAGCCUGGUGCUGAAGAAGAUUCCUGUGCCAGAGACCCCUUCUCAGACACCCCUGAGCUCCCCUCACCUGUUAAGCCAGUCACUGCCUCUGAACCCACUGUCUCCCAGGGUUCCAUCUGAAGGUCUUUUUGCCUUUAACCCGUCUGCAGAAGGAAGCCCUAGAGCCAGCCCUACCUGGACAGGCUCUACCUCCCUUGACGCUAAGCCCCUGCCUACUUCCCCCGGAGCCCCGGAGACACUUCCAGAAGAAACAGCAGAGCCUCUGGAGUCUUCAGGGCACCCUGAUCAGAGUCCCGCCCUUGGUCGGAAGAAAUCAAAAGGUGUGGCCACGAGGCUGAGCCGCCGGCGGGUGUCCUGCCGAGAGCUGGGGCUGCCAGACUGUGAUGGAUGGCUUCUGCUGCGGAAAGUAGCCGGUGGCUUUAUGGGCCCACGCUGGCGCCGCUGCUGGUUUGUGCUCAAGGGACACACCCUGUACUGGUACCGCCAACCCCAGGAUGAAAAAGCUGAAGGGCUUAUCAACAUCUCCAACUACAGUCUGGAGAGUGGACAUGACCAGAAAAAGAAAUAUGUGUUCCAGCUGACCCAUGACGUGUACAAGCCGUUCGUUUUCGCUGCUGAGACCCUGUCUGAUCUGAGCAUGUGGGUACGUCAUCUCAUUACCUGCAUUUCCAAGUACCAGACUCCAGGCCGGGCCCCCUCCGCCAGACGGGAAGAUUGCUACAGCGAGACAGAAGCCGAAGACCCUGACGAGGAGGCUGGGUCCCGCUCAGCUUCACCCAGCCCAGCUCAAGCGUGGAGUGACACAUCACCCACAGCGUCACCCUUGCCGAGUCCAAGGACCUCCUUUGGAUCUUCAGCAGACAGCAGUGACAGAGCGCUGGAAGGAAUGGUACGGGGACUGAGGCAGGGCGGAGUGUCCCUCCUGGGCCAGCCACAGCCCCUGACCCAUGAACAAUGGCGGAGCUCUUUCAUGCGGCGCAACCGUGACCCUCAUCUCAACGAGCGAGUACACCGUGUCCGGGCUCUACAGAGUACACUCAAGGCAAAGCUGCAGGAACUGCAGGCCCUGGAAGAAGUGCUGGGUGACCCUGAGCUCACGGGAGCAAAGUUCCGCCAGUGGAAAGAGCGGAACCUGGAGCUAUACUCAGAGGGCCUGAGGACCUGGGGAGGGAUGUGGGCCCAGAAUAGCUCAACCCCAACCUCUGACUCCAGAGGCCAGUCGCCACAGCCCCUGCCCUCUGAGCCCGAGGAGACCUCCCAGCUUUUUCCCUUGACCCCAGAGAACAGCCUCCAACCUCCUGACCUCUGACCUCUGACCCUGGCUAGUGCCUGGCUCCUGACCUCUGACUCUGGCUGAGAACUACCUCACUUUCAGCCUUUGA